AUGGCUGGAUGGCUACCAGCAAACCAAAAGUCAAAAAUAACCAAUAUGGAUGUGGGUUUCACAUUUUCUUACAAAUCUGGCCUAGAUCUUAUACAAAACUGCGAUUUACCUCCUCCAAUAAAGCUUUUUGCUGGCCCAGUGAACAAAAUCUGCAACAUGGCGGGGCAGGAAGUGGUUGAGAAUGAAGUUGGGAUGUCAAAAGAUUCAGAAGAUGGGAAGUUGGAGAUUCUAAAGGCCUUGAGACUAUCACAAACACGAGCACGGGAGGCAGAGAGGAAAUGUUCGGUUCUGUUGAAGGAGAGGGACGCCAUCUCCAAUUUAUUGCUUGAUGAAUCACUGAGAUUGUUCGCCUAUAGGCAAUGGCUUAGAUUGCUUGAGUUUCAAAUUUCCAAAUUGGAAAGAGAACGGAGAACGGAGGGUGUGAAAAGUGAUUCUAAUAGAGUUCCGAGAUGGGAAGAUUAUGGUGAGGGCUCUAGCAGCAUGAAACAGUAUGCUGCUGUAGCAUUUUGUUUGGCUAUUGCUGGAAUGGGUUUGGCGAUUGGCUGCAGUCAUAUAUUCUGA